GAACAAUUACUGGCUUCCAUACACCAAUAUGAACAAAAUAGCUUCAAGUAUUUUUUGAGAAAAUUCUUCAUAUGAAUAUCACCCCUAGGAGAAUCAUGAGAGUGAGAUCACUGGCUCUAUGAAGAGGAAGUUAUAUGGAGUUCCUACACCACAGAAUUCCACUUUGCUUAUAAUUCAAUGUCCCAUCUACAUUGGAGCAGCAUUCCUGCAUUCUGAAAGCACCAACAGCAUCCCAUCUAUCUAGCCAUACCAAUUCACUUUGGUAUAAAAGGCAAAAGCAUCCACACAAACUAGAGGAGUGGGGAGAAAUUAACUGCAAGAUCUAUGGCUGGGAAAAGACAGCAGGACCAAAGAAGUCAUGGAGGGCAUCACAAACAUGCCCAUUUUCAGGGGGUGCACAGAGUUUAAAGCUGGAAAAAAGGACCCCAAGACUGACCAUGGGAACAUAUGGCCCCUGAAAUCCGCCCAGCACCAAGUCUGACUUGAGCAGGCAGGAGCCUUGAAUGUUGUGAUCAGGCUGCGAAUCCUGGGAGACAAGCUCUGCCUCCUGAGACCCCAGGGGCCUGGGUGUGGGACAGAGCGGGGAGCAGCAAGGAGCCAGAAUGGGCCCCGAGUUCCUCACCGGCAGGCUCCCCCAGGCACAGAUUGAUUUGUUUCAGGAAUCAGUGACCUUCAAGGAUGUGGCUGUGGACUUCACCUGGGAGGAGUGGGGCUACCUGGACACUUCCCAGAAGGAGCUUUACUGGGAGGUGAUGCUGGAGAACUACAGGAACCUGGUCAGCCUGGGCCUUGCAGAUUCCAAUGUGAACAUGAUCUCUCAGCUGGAGUCAGGGGAAGCACAGGGGAUUCCAGUGGAUAGUGUCCUAACAAGCUGCUGGCCAGAUGGGGACAGGAGACCUCAGACCAAGGAGACAGCUCCAAAGUUGAGUAUUUCUAUGGAAGCCUUAUCCCAGCAAAAGCCCUUGUGGGAUGACCCAUGCAUCUCCAAGAUGAGAAAAGCCUGGGAGUAUUGUGGCAGGUUAAAGAAAGAGCAGAACAACGAGGCAAAACUUUCUAGGCAAGGAAAAAUAAUCCAAUCAGAAACUGCUGAUGUAGUCAGAGGCUCUGAAAACAGUAAAUAUCACCAAACCGUGAGCCCAGAGCCAUAUCACGGAGUAUCUGUAGUAAUGGAUCUCCAUAAGAGAAGGAGCUUGGAGUCAGACCAAAGACAAAGUAAUCAAAUCCAUUCACAGAAGAAAUAUUCUGAGAUUAACAAAUGUCAGAAAACUUUUGGUUAUGAUUUGAACCAAAUUCAGAAACAUGGAAUUCAUGCUGAAGAGCAACUCUGUGAAAGUGGGAAUUCUUUCCUCCCAAAUAAUCAACUCGCUUUACCCCAGCGAACUCAUCCAGGAAAAAAGUGUUCUGGGUUGACUAAAUGUGGGAAGACAUCCUGUCAGAAGGCAGAUGGUUCUCAACAGGCCUCUAUCAGGAAUCCAGACAAAUCUUAUAAAUGCGGUGAAUGUGGAAAGGUCUUCUGGCAGAAGAGAAAUCUUACACAGCACUACAGAAUUCAUACGGGACAAAGACCCUUCCAAUGCAGUGACUGUGGAAAGGCCUUCCACCACAGGACAGAUCUUACAAGACAUUACACAAUUCAUACUGGAGAAAAACCUUUUAAAUGUAGUGAUUGUGGGAAAGCCUUUCCCCUGAGCACAACACUGACUCGACAUCAGAGAAUUCACACUGGAGAGAGACCCUAUGAAUGUAAUGAAUGCGGAAAGAAAUUCCUACAAAGCUCUACCCUUUCUAAGCACCACAAAACGCAUACAGGAAUAAGACCUCAUCAGUGCAGUGUGUGUGGGAAGGCAUUCUCUCAGAAGUCUGACCUUACCAAGCACAGUAGUAUUCAUACUGGAGAGAAACCAUAUGAAUGCACGGAAUGUGGAAACUUCUUCCGCCAGAAGUCAGAUCUUAUACAACACUUCAGCAUUCAUACUGGAGAGAAACCAUUUAAAUGCAGUGAGUGUGGGAAAGGCUUUAUCUGGAAUACGGCACUGACUCGACACCAGAGAGGUCAUACAGGAAUAAAGCCUCAUCAGUGCAGUGAUUGUGGGAAGGCCUUCUCUGAGAAGUCAGAUCUUACACAACACUGGCAAAUUCAUACUGGAGAGAAACCUUUUAAGUGCAGUGACUGUGGGAAAGCCUUUUUCUGGAGCGCAACACUGACUCGACAUCAGAGAACUCACACUGGAGAGAAACCCUAUGGAUGUAAUGCAUGUGGAAAGGCCUUCACCCAGAAUUCACACCUUUCAUUACAUAAGAGAAUACAUACCAGAGAGAAAUCUUAAGAAUGUGAUUAAUGCAGGAAGGUUUCCCCCAGAUCAGAGCACAUAGAACUCAUGAUGGAGAGAAACCUCAUUAACUUAAUCACUGAAGCAGAACACUCUGGUGGGCUGAUCUGGAUUAAAAUGAAAUUGGGGAAUAUUUUUAAAAAAUAAAACCACAAUAAAACAUA